CUUUGGAUCUCGCAGCAGCACGGCAAUUGACACUUGGCUCAAUCCAGCGUCCAUUGCCAUUCCACCUUUGAUCCGCCCCGCCCUGCCAACGUCGUUCCUCCCCUGCUUUCGUACCUCCCCGCCUGGUGUGCGUGUCGCUUGCCGCUGCUGCUGCUUCCUGCCGCUCUCCCUGAUCGUUGGCGGUCUCCCCCUCGUUCACCGCCCGCCUUGUGCAGUCUCUUACUGUGAUCGGCCCAGACCCGCGUACAGCGGCCGAUACGCUACCCAGGUCGGGCACCACCUUUACCCUACCAUCAACCCCCUUUGACCUCACGACGCUGACCAAGGCAGCACGAUGACAACGGCUGCUUCUCGGAACAGCUCGGAUAUGGCCACGGAAGUCGGUGUCAGAAGGAAGAGCGCAUCCAGUGGCAGUGGCAGAGGCAAGAUGAAUGCUCUCAACCCUAGCUUCGGCAUGACCAGCAAUGCGGAGGCUGGCUCUUCCCGCUCUCCUCCGCUUGUAUCGCACGAUCGCAGACCCUCACGCGAUAGUCUCAAACCCUCGGCCAAGAGCCACAAGUCGUCCGACAGGCUGCACCGGCUUGGCGCAGCCAGCGGCAGUACCUCUCAUCUUGCAUCGAAGCGGUCCAAGUCACAGACACACUUAGCAACUCAGACGCCUGCUCCCGCCAAGAGCAAGAAGGAGACCACGAGCGGCAAGAAUCGUCGGCAAAAGGAUGGAGAAGAGGGUGAGGACGACGAUGAAGAAGGAUGGACGAGCGCUAGUGCUGCUGGUACACCGGAUCAGAGCCUGCAAGCGUCACCGAAGGAAUCUGAUGAAGAGGAUGAGGAUGGAGGAGUCGUACUCAAGAUGGGUGGCAAGAAGAAGCCUGGUCUUUCCGUUCAGACCAAAGCAUCGACGGUGGAAUUUCCCUCGCAGAAAGGCUCCGACGGAGGUCAAUCAUUGGAGUCUACCAGUCGGCAACAGGCUCAGGAAGAACCGAAGACACCCACGGCUGUCUCGCAGACUCAUCCACCUCAUCUUACAACGGCAUCGCGGACCGACUCGGAGGCCACACUCGGCAAGAACAGCCAGCACGAAGACGACGAGGCUGCAGGACAAUCGGGCGAAGGCGCAGCCGGGAGAGACGAGUACCUCGCUCCUCUUGGAGGAGACAAGCCUCGCCCUCACUCACUAGCCACGAAUCAGCGAAUGCCUACCAGCUCGUCUAGCAAGACAUUGACCGAAGGUGGUCCAGGGAGUUUCUAUGCAAGUGGUGGUCGUGGUGUCUCCUCAGCUUCCAUUGCAUCGCGCAUGUCCUCGAGGAGUCGCACGAUAUCUCUCUUGCCCCAGAUUCAGCAUACUGCACCACCUAUGCUCAGCACACACAAUGCUCUUGCAGGCUCACUGGGCGCCCUUCACGAAGGACAAAGCGAUAUGCCACUCUCGAAGAGCCCAUCGUCGGUCUCUCUGCAUGGCUUCGCAAGCGGUGCAGGUCGCAACAAUACCCGGGACUCGUGGGCGGAGAGCUCCUCACGAGCUCACGGGAGGAAGGCCAGUAUAAGUUCACAGAGCUCCAACCUUACGCUGCCCAACAUGAGAGAUGCAGCGUCAUCCAAGAAAGGUGAUGAGACGCCCUUGAAGGGUAUCUCUGCGGCCGAUGCGAUGCUUGCGCCUGGGGUCUGGGAGAGGCGUAGAGUGCAGAGUACUUCUAGCAAUCACAAUAGCCUUACUGCAGCUGAUGCUGCCAAGCUCGCAGCUAAGCUGCGUCAAGCAAGGGAUGCUAUGGACGAUGCUCAAGGAGGGAGGGGAGCAGGUCACGCAUCGGGGGGAGCAUCAAGGGGCGGUAUCGCUGCCUUGGCAAAUGCAACGACCGACGGGAAGUACACCAAGCCAAUAAUCAGCACGUUUGCGAAGGACCCAGAUCGAAAGUGGAGCCCUCACGCCGUGCCAGUGACUGCUCGAUCAAUCUAUGCACCUGGCUAUACAAAGAUCCAAAGCAAGACAGGCAAGGCAGUCGCAAGAGGCAAGGACCCACUCCGAUCUAUUCGCUACGUCGCCAACUACGGCCUUGGCGGCCCGCCCAUCGCUCAGACUGCCCUUAAUGAAGCUCUACUAGCCCCUAGCUUUGACGGAGAUGAGUUUGAAGCCAGUUGGGCGCCGGCCCUGGCCAAUGCUGCUGGUCUGGGAUCGCGCUCUUCGCGCCUUGGCGGCCACUCCUCCUCUUCGUCGAAUUUCCGAGAGGAUGGCAUCCCCCUUCAUGACCCCGGCAUGGCCUUUACCGGGAGUGCGGCCGUCAAUGGGCCGAAUGCCACGCCUGUGCAUCUCAUCCACGGGUUGACCACCAUCUCUCCAGAGCCAUUCCCUCUGGACCCUGCAGACGCUCCUUCACUAGCAGUAGAUGAGCAACAUGCCCUCACUGCUGAUCCAGGUACACUGCGCGCCAUAGCUCUCACGAGCCAAGUGCUCUCCACUCACCGAUCGCACACGAUGACAAGACGGUACUUUGAUCCGAUGAGGGAAGCGCUCGGGAGGAUCGCCACGCACAAGACUGGCGGGGUAUCAGGCACUGCUGGCAAUCUAGGCGUCGGCCAAACGGGCAGUGCAACUCCUCCUGCGAACCAUGCACCUGGAGUUCACGCUCUGCGCAGGCAGAACACAAGUAGUAGGGGGUCCCUUGAGGCAUCUGAGAAUCCAGUGCAGAGCCUGCGACGCGUCUGGUCUGGGAGGGGUAACCUGUCCAGCGCUCCUGGGUCUGCUUCGGGGUCGGGUAGGAGUGCGAGGUGAGACAAGUAACGGUAGAGGUUGAUCCGGACAAUGAGUUGGGUUCUUUGAGUUUUCACUUGUGCAUUUUACCAUUAAUGUAUGCUUUGAUCAGACGA